AUGUGUUCUCGGUGUAUGUAUCCAUUAUAUACUGACCCGUGUCCCUGUUCACCCCAGGCGUGCCAUGCGGGUCCGACGCUGCUAGCAGGCCGGAGGGCGGCCGGGGCAAGCGCGCCCCUCCGCCCGCCAACACGCCCGCGCUAUGCUCAUGGCAAGCCUUUCGACUCUGCUCGCGGGACAUCAUCGAACUUGCCUAUCAAUCUGAGAGCAUCCCGGUACAGCUCAAAGUCAAUCAUCCUUCAUCAGAACGUGCCCACGUCCAAGCCCUCGCUAAACAGUAAACAAUACAGAGUAAUAAUGCGGGUGUCCAAACCAUUGUUAACAUUCCACACAAUGUGUGUUGAAGCCCUUAUCGUGGCCAAACAGGAAAUCGAUCGCACCGCAAGUGUAUUUCUCAUGCACCAGAGUAACUUGUUUGUCAAAGGUCCUGUGUGGGGCGGUGGCGGGCGCAGGCGACGAGAGCCGCGUGCGUCGAGCACAGCCGCAUCACCACCGUGUGCUUACGGACGACGAAUUGGACGCGACGGCGGCGUGGAAGCGGUCGCACUGGCGAGAGAUGCAAUCGAUAUUAAGGAAGGAAGGAUCUCAGAAGGACGUGGUGGAGUGUUGUCCUUCUGUGCUGGAGAUGGUCGCCAAGAAGGGAGGCAGGACGCCUACAGGGCUGUACGUGGAAUUAUACGAGGAUGGCGAGAACAAACAGCGACUGUACGAGCUCUCGUGCGCGCCAGAUGUAGCCGACAAGCCGUGCCGCUUCGUGGACGCACGCCUGUACAACCAGUCGCGAUGUGUUCAGAAGUACUCGUACUCGUACGCGCUGGUCCGCUACUCCUCCCCCACCGAGGUCCCUCAACACAGGCCCGAGGGACACUUCUCGGUGCCGGGGUCGGGAGGCUGGUCCAUGGACUAUGUGAUCGUGCGAGCUGGCUGCGAGUGUCAGCUGUCACCGAAACGAAGGACCCAUCGGAGGAGACUCGAGCGACACAGGCAGAGGAAGAGGGCGAGACACGACCGGGACGACGACGACUGACGACACGGGGACGACACGGACACACGGACAGAACAGUGAAGUGGCGUGAAGUGUUAGUGUCGUUAUCGUGUGCUGUAAAGCGGCUGGACCUGUGA